AUGUACAAUUAUAGUACUCCGUAUAAUGAAAACUGUGAGUUUGGCCACACUGAAGAUUGUUUGUAUCUUACGAUUUACUCGCCUGCUAACCAAGAAAUAUAUGAUAUGGCCGUUAUAGUAUGGAUUCAUGAAGAGUCCCACAUGCACGCACCAGAUUUUUUUAUAGAUGAAGGUCUUAUUGUUGUAACAGUCUCUUUUAGAACCUCUAUUUUUGGAUUUCUCAAUACUGGAGACAGCUUCGCUGAGGGAAACAUGGGAGCAAAAGAUAUACUAGCUGCAUUAAGGUGGAUCAGAGACUAUAUUAGUUAUUUUAAUGGUGAUCUGAACAAAGUCACAGUAUUUGGCUCUGGAACUCAUGCUAAUAUAGUUGCUUCACUUUUAUUGUCACCUGCAAGUGAAGAUUUAUUCAGAAGAGUAAUAAUACAAGAUGGUUGUGCUUUAUCACCCGCUGAUUAUAGAACUUAUAACUUUGAAAUUUCAAAGAAACUAUACUGGAAUCUUAAUGGACCUUUUGAAAAGUUUAAUAGAACUCGCUUCUACGAAAUAUUGAAAGAGGGUACUGUUCGGCAAUUGUUAUUAGCAAGCCGAGAAUUAUUUGACAGUACCGAAGUAAGAGACAAUCAGCGCUUAAUUAAUUCAUUCGGACCAACAGUCGAAAUAUCAGGAACAACCACUUUCAUGUACAAGCCCCCAUUGCAGAUAUACAAACGCAAAAUUACCAAUAAUGUUGUAGAAGUUAUGAUUGGAUACACAAACUUAAAUUCUUUGUACAAACUAGAAGGUUUUGUUAGAAACAAGAAACUUCUAAAGUAUUUAAAUUAUAACUUUCAGUAUUUACUACCGUUUGGAGGAAGGAGAGACGAGUACGGUUCGAAGCUGUACAAAAAGAUUAGAAGACAAAUAAUGGAUUUCUAUUUCGUUAAUGGAACUGUUGAAGAGAGAAGUUUGAGGCGUUACGCGAAAUACGUGUCUGACCAAGUGAUUUAUCCGAUCCUUCAGCAGGCGCGUCUACAUGCUAAAGUAUCUUGUAAUAAUGUUUACUUGUACCGUUUCGCCUAUAGAGGAUCCUUCAAUAUCGUAUGGAAUACAUUUCUUCGUAAUUUAAACUGGAAUGGCGCUACGGAAAGCGAUGAAAUCUGCUACCAAUUCAGAUGUAAGUCGUUAAGUCAUGCUUAUGAUACGGUGGAUUCGAGUGAAAAGGUUCUCAUUAAGAAGAUUGCGAGGCUAUGGGCAAAUUUCGUUAAACACGGGAACCCAACUCUUGACACUGGCGAUAAAGUCUUAGAAGGCUUGCAGUGGAGCCCUUUGAUACCACAUAAAGGUCUACGAGGGUUAAACAUUGGAAAAACUGUUAAAAUAAUAAACGUACCAGAACAGAAGAGAAUGAAGUUCUGGGAUCAAUUGCGUAUUGAAUUCUUUUCUGAUGGAGAAAAGAAUGAUGAUUUGUGA